AUGGCAGAUGAUCAGGAGGCUAUCAGACCUGUCAGCAUGUUCCAGAAGCUGUAUGAAACGAAGUGCGAACUACCGGAGUCCUUCUGCUUUAAGAUGAAGCUUCCUGCGUUCAUCUUCGGCGCUCAGCUGCGGCCAGCGGUUCUUUGGGCCGCCGGCAUCUCAGCAGCAGCUGUAACGUCUACUCUUCUUUUUUACAGGUGGCGGAUCCAGGACGGACAGCGGACGACGAGGGACGAAGAUGCAGCGACCCAGACGGACGGCUGCGACGGAACGGAGGAACAGAGCCUGGCCAUCUUACCUUCAGGCUGUGCCCCCGUGCCACAGGAGGUUUCUGUGCUCAGCUGGCAGCAGGCGGUCUUCAUCCCACCCCUUUCUUGCGGAGCGCUGGUGAGAUUUGAGCAGCACUGCCAAGCUUUGGACAGAGCAAACAGGAUGUUUGCUUACACCUUCUCACAGCCACGUUUUGACAGCACGAAGCUGGUGGAGUUGAAGCUCCAACACAGGACCAUCUGUGAGGGGCUGGAGUCUGAGCACUGGUGGGUGCUCAGCAACGAAUUUUAUCAUCUGUUCGCGGAGCUUCCUCCUCAGCACUUCGCUACUGUGGCUGCUGUGGCCUGCAUCAAGCGUUUUGGAACAUCGAUCAGCGAGGCGACCUUCUACCUUCGCACUGAAUCAGUGGAGACAUCACUGCAGAAUGUUACUCUGCAAACCAAAGUGGGGAAGACACUGAAGAUGGUAUCCAUUGAUUCAGAUGGCUGUUUCAGGACUCACCAUUCCAGCAACACCCGGAUCCUUGAGACGCCGGCACCGUACAUGGUUUCUAGCAAACCACGAGGACCCCCACCAGGCUUCUAAUCACACUCUACACUUUAAUAUCAAACCUUUUUAAGUUCAUUAUCAUAAUAACUGUAGUUCUUAUAGUGCUAAUUAUAUCGUUUUUUUCUAUGAUUCUGUGUGUGUGUGUGUGUGUGUGUGUGUGUGUGUGUGUGUGUGUGUGUGUGUGUGUGUGUUUCAGAUGCAGUUUUCUGUGUAACCAGGAGAGCCCCUGAGAGAAUGACGGUGGAUCAUCACAUCUACUCAUCUCUAGACUGGAAACAUCCAUCCAUCCAUCCAUUUUCUAAGCCGCUUCUCCGUCAGGGUCGCGGGGGGAUGCUGGAGCCCAUCCCAGCAGUCUUCGGGCGGAAGGCAGGAUACACCCUGGACAAGUCGCCAGUAGACUGGAAACAUGGGUUCCAGUGCUUCGUUCCUCCUGGAUUCGAGGCUCUAGACAGCAGUGACUCCUACAUGUCUUCAAGAAACUGUGGACUUCAGGGUCUGGACCAGAUCAGAGGAUGUACGCCGAAGGAAGCCUUGACAAGAAGUGCAGCAAGACCUUUAGAGACUUCACCAUCAGCCAUCACUGGACUUUAUCUCCAGCGUUUAUGUUCAUCAGAAGCAGGAUCGCCUCUGGCAUCAUCAUUAUUGUCUUAGCCACAGACCCAGGACCAUUGGAGACAUCAGGACCCAUGAAGAGGAGAUCAGCGCUAUCAUCACCACUGGACAUUAUCAUCAGCAGAAGCUUCAUCAUCAUACACAUCAAGAUCUCAGUUAUCAUCAUCAUCUUAGCCAUGGACUGAGUCAGAAGAUGUUACUUCAUCUCAUCAUCAAGACAUCAAGCUACCAACCAGCUCAGAGGUUUUUGUGUUAAAGCAGUGAAUCUGCUUUGUGUGACACACAUGGACUCUUUACUGAGAUCCUGCUAGAAGGCUUCCCAGCCUGGGUUCUAGACUAUUGGCUGUAGUUACUGUUCUUCAGUUUGUCUAUAACUAACAGUUUGGCAUCCAUGCUCGGACUAAUCAUCAUUCAGAAGGAAUUUUGACUUUAAUAAGUAAAAAUAAUUAAGAUUAUAUUUAGUUAUUGUCAAUCAAAAUAGUGGCAAGUCUCA